AUUGCUCUCUCCUACAAAGCUUAAUGUUAUAGCUUUAUGACAGGGAACGCAGAGCAGUCUUGUUGUCGUGAGCUGUGUAAAGUCGAUUAUGUGUGCAACUGGUGAAGGAUUAUAAGGAUUAUUUGCCGAUCUGGUUAAAAUUUGACUAGGAGUUAUAUGUGUUUUUACGUUUUUGUCCCAUGGGGGGCUACGUCACACUAUCUCUCUCUUCUUAAGCUCACAGUCUCUUUAAGCAAGGGAACCCAGAUCAAACACAUCCAAUAGGCCUACCUUAAAUAACAAUGGGGGACACUCCACAAUUAAUAAAAAUCGCUGUUUCUCUCAAAAUACAACCCAAUAACGGCCCGGUAUUUUUCAAAGUAGACGGGCAGAGAUUCGGUCAGAACAGGACGAUAAAAUUGCUAACGGGAUCCAAGUACAAAAUCGAAGUGGUUGUGAAGCCAGGAGCAAUUACAGCACUAUCAAUGGGUAUAGGUGGAGUGAACUUCCCCUUGGAGCAGAACUCUAAAGACCCUCAAGUUGUCUCUUACACUGGAAUCUAUGACACAGAAGGAAUGACCCAUACCAAAAGUGGGGAGAGACAGCCUGUGCAAGUGAAUAUACAGUUCAAUGAGGUUGGCACUUUUGAGACCGUUUGGCAAGUUAAAUACUACAACUACCACAAGAGGGACCACUGUCAGUGGGGGAACAGCUUCAGCAGCAUUGAGUACGAAUGCAAACCCAGCGAGACACGCAGUCUCAUGUGGAUCAACAAGGAGAUGUUUCACUGAGGUUCAACAGCAACAACAACAACAAAAAAUUGGACAAUAUCAAGGACUCUUGAAUAUCAACCAGUAAUGAGCUUUGCAACAGGUAUGCAUAUCAAACAACAUCUUCGUAGUAGAAUAGUCACUUGUUGUAUUUCAGUUUCCCUAAACCUGGUUAUGUGGAUCUGAGGUAUGUCUGUCGAAAAUACUGUGUUGAGUGGAUACAGUUUUUGUACUCAAUUAUUGUAUUUAACUUGUCUACCUCUGGUUAGGACAAGCAGAAUCAAUAAUUAAUAAUUUUUUUCUUACAACAGUUACAUAGAUAAUAUCAGUAGUCUUUUUAUUUAUUUACUUUAAUUGUAAUAGUGUCCAUAUCUUAACUUCUUUAGCAUAUCUGUGUUUUCUUUUCAAUUAUGGGAAUUCAGCAUUGUAUGGUGAAGCUGCAUUGUACUAUGCUUGAUAUCGUUUUGUAAAAAAGUAAAUAGUAUUAUGUGUUAUUUUGUAACGUUUAACUGUUUUGAAUAAUAUAUGAAUUAUAUGAAAUACAAAAUGUGCUCAAAUUCUUCAGAUAAUGAUAUGCAAUAAACUCAUCAAUUUAAAA